AUGAAGAUCGACCACUCAUUUCCUCUCUACUACUCACUCGUUCUUCUCUUCUUAGCUACUACUACUAUCCUAAUAUCACCUUCUCAUAGUGCUUUAGGAAAAUGCAAUCCAAGUGACUACAAAGCUCUUAUGAAUUUUAAGAAGUCUCUAAGCCCUUACGAGUCUUCUUGGGAGUUAACUUCAUGGGUUCAAAAUACAGACUGCUGCGACUGGCAUGGAGUCGGCUGUGGUGACAAAACCAACCGUGUAGAAGAACUUUACAUCUCCGCAAGUGAUAUCUCUGGCCAAAUUCCAUCCUCUGUAUGUGACCUUCCUUACCUCGUAUCUUUAGUAUUCAGCAAAUCUAAAAAUAUCACUGGUUCAAUCCCGCAAUCUAUCACAAAGUUAAAAACAUCUCACAGUGCACUCAGCUCUAUGAGUCUGUCUGGGCCGGUUCCCAACUUCCUUAACCAACUCAUUGCUCUCACUCACCUGGAUCUCUCAUACAAUCAGUUCUCUGGCUCUAUUCCACCCAAUCUCGCUGACCUUAAAAACAUCGGAAGUAUCAGUCUCGCUGGGAACAAACUCACAGGUUCAAUCCCGGAGUCUUUCGGGAGAUUUACUGGUAUGGGCAGUCUUUACUUGUCUCAAAAUGAACUCACUGGUCCGAUUCCAAAAUCUUUUGGAGCUCUGGCUUUUAGUCAGAUUGACUUGUCAAGGAACAAACUUGUCGGAGAUGCAUCCAUGCUCUUUAAUCCCAACCAUGGUUGGACAACAUUUACCGAUUUUUCGAGGAACCCAUUUGAGUUUGAUUUUACAAAUGUAAAGUUUCCAAAGGAGUUAAACUGGUUGGAUAUUUCACGUAACAAAAUCUUCGGUGGAAUCCCUGAUGAGAUUAAGAGUUUGGAUAAUUUAUAUAAGUUGAAAGUGGGUUACAACAGGUUAUGUGGUAAGAUACCAACUGGAGGGAGGAUGCAGCGUUUCAAAUUCACUUCUUUUUUUCAUAACAAGUGUCUGUGCGGAUCACCAUUGAGAAGUUGUAAGAGAAGGUGA